CAUCGCGCCAGCAGCCGCUGCGGCUCGUAGCCGUGAGGGCUGCGGCGGCGGAAGCGGUGGCGCUGGCACUGCUGGCAGCAGCAGCAGGGGCGGUGGUGGGGACGGAGGCGGAGGCAGGGGUGUUGUUGCGCCGAUGGUGUUUGAUGUGGUGGCUCGGGGCGGCAGCAGCGCACUGCUCAUGUGCAGCCCCCAGGAGCUGCCGCAGGCCCUGGACCCCUCCACUCCGCAGCUGCUCGCCCGGCUGCGCACUUCCAUUGAGUGCGCCGCGCAGGCCCGGGCAGCCGGAGUGGACCCGGCCACCCUGUCAGCCAGCCUCCGGGCGGUCACUGCGG